AUGGAUAUUCUUCUGUGUACUUCCAAAGAAGGAAGGAUAGAAAAAAGAAGAAAUAAGAUUUUAAAUAAAUUAAAGGAAGAUAAUAAUGACACAGAUAAGAAAUUAAUCGAAAUAAAAAACAACAAUGAAGAAAAAGAUAAAGAAAAAGAAGACAACCAAUAUAAACUUGUAUACAAUUUUGAAUAUACAAAUAAUGAUUAUAAUGAAAAUUAUGCUAAUAUAAAAAAUGAUAUUAUUUCUAAAUUAAGUGAAAGAAAAAUUGAUUAUCUACAAGAAUUAUCUAGUAAACGAAACAAUGAAGAAAAGCACUUUUUACAAAAUAUAAAGAAAUACUCUACAGAUACAUUAAACAAAAACAAUAUUCUAAGUGUCGAUCAAUACAUAGAUAAUAAAAAUGAUUUUACUCAGGAUAUGUAUGUAUCAUCAUUUCAAUAUAACAUGAUGGAUGUUAAUAACUUAGCUCUUAAAGAAAAAGAAACAUAUAAAAAGAAAGUAGAUAAAUAUUUUUCCAUAUUAAAAUACAAAGACGAACAAAUUAAAAAGGUCUGUGAAAUUAAUGCCAAGAAUGUUACAACAUUCAUAUCAUUUAUGAGAAAUCAAAUGGAAGGAUAUAAAAUAUAUCUAGAAGAUAUACUUAACAAAACAAGAGACGAUCUGAAUCAAAAAAGGAAGAUAUUAUUAAAUAAUAAUAAAGAAAUCCUUGAUGACUUUUUGAGGAUGAGAAAUUUGAAUUCUAAUACCUUUGUGGAAGAUCUGGAAUCUGAAAAGAUUCUCAAUGAGAAAAUAAAAAAAGAGUAUGAGACAAAACAUUUGGAUUUGAAGCUCAAAAAUGAAUUAUUAGAAAAUAAUUUGAAUAAUAACAUAAGACAUUUGGAAAACAUAAAUGACAUUCUCAUGGAUAAAGAAAAAAAAUUAUAUAAUCGAAAAUUACUACAACAAAAAAAUAGUUAUAAUUUAAAAUUGAUCAAUUUUUAUAAAUUAGAAAUAAACAAAUUAAGAGAAUCAUUGUUGUCUGUUAAGACGUAUUAUUACAACUACAAGAUAAAAUCAAAAAAAAAUAUUAAUGAACUUAUCAAUCAGUAUGAAAGAAUUAAAUACCAGUUUAUCGAAUUACAAAAGAGACAAAAAAGUUAUGAACAAAAUUUCCAGAAAAAGUAUUCAAAGGCUUGGGAUCUUCAAAGAAAAGAAGCUAUGAUAUAUAUCGAAAAAUUAAUAAGUGCUAAUAAAAUUAUACAUCAACAAAUAUUCUUAAAAGAUUUCCAAGAAACUAAUUAUAAAUAUUUACUACAAGAAAAUAUCAAUCUAGUGACAUCACAUAAAGAUGAUGAUAAUGCAGUAAUAGAAAUGAGCGUCAAGAAAGUGACUCCUCAACAAAUAGAAAACGUGAAAAAAUUAUUAUUACAAGAAUGUUUGUUUCUCAUAGAAGACAAUAUAAAGGAUGAAGAAGAACAGAUAAGAAAAAUAUUAAAUUAUAUUGGAGUACACACAAAAGAAGAUCUAGAAUUAUUAACACAGUUAUUCUACAUAGAUGCUGAUGAAGAAAAUUAUCUCAUAAACAAAUUUAAUAAAGCCGAAGACGAUAAUAAUAUACCAUAUAAUUCUGAAUAUACAUUAGAUAUAAUCCUUAAAUAUUAUCAAGAGAAAGAAAAAGAAAAUACUUGUAGAAUUUCAAACGAUAAACAAAAAUAUAAAAACAGAUUAAAUAUAUCUUUAAAAAUAAUAAUGGAUAGAAAAAAACAAGAAAAAGAUUACUGGUAUAAAUUAUCUAAUAUCACACCUGAUGAUAUGAUCACCUUAUGGAAGACAUUUUCUAUAUAUGUUGAAAAAUAUUAUCAUAUAUUAAAAGAGCGAGCAAGUAUUAUUCAAAAUAUUUUUCAAGAGGAAACGUUGAUGAAACAAAAUAUAAAUAAAAUUAAUAGAAUGAAAAAGGAAUUAUCAUAA